AUGUCCUCCCCAGCGCCCUCCGACGGCUCUCGUCGCGAUUCCCCGCAACCAGCGGUAUUAUCCUCAGCACUAGCGCAGCGACCCAGAGUUACUGGAAGAAGUGACUCCAACGCAACUGGCAAUACCGCAAUCCCGGAUGAAGACCAUGGAGUUGAUAUUCCUUUAACCAUGUCGGCUUCAGUCGUCUUGACUGGAUUGCCGCAGGAUGCACAUCGGGCAUUGGCUGAUGCGGAGGCUAUUGAUGUGGGCAAAGUCACCGUUCGAUUCCAACCUCUUCCAUCAGCACCCAUUUUGAGAAAGACGGUCUUUAAGAUCUCUGCAUCUCAGAAAUUCGAGACCGUGGUCAAUUUUCUACGAAAGAAGUUGGAUUGCAAAGACACUGACUCGGUAUUUUGUUAUAUCAACAAUGUUUUUGCGCCAUCACUCGAUGAAGGGAUAGGAGGACUGUACAGGUGCUUCAAAAACGAAACGGACGACCAGCUAUGGGUUCAGUACUCCAUGACUCCAUUCUUUGGUUGA